AUGACUAAAGCUGUGGUCUUGGGUUCUGGUAUUAUUGGUUUAUACACUGUUUUUCAUUUGCUUGAGAAGCAGAUCAAGCCAUCGGAUAUCACUGUUGUAGCUGAGUAUUUCGCUGAUGAUCAAUCGAUAAACUACACUUCGCCAUGGGCUGGCGGUAACUUUUGUGCCAUUUCUCCCUCUGAUCCUUUAUCGUUGGAAAUGGAUAAGUUUACUUAUUUGAAUUUGUUCAAAGUCCAAAAGGCACUAGGUGGCCCAGAAAAGUCUGGUUUAGACAUGAUGCCAAUGACCGAAUUCUGGGACUACGAUCCACCUUCUGAGAAAUUAAAGUCUUUGCAAUCCUAUUUGAAGGAUUUCAAGAUCUUGUCCAGGGAUGAGUUGGCCAAGAAAAACGAACCCAAAAUCAAGUUUGGUAUCAGCUACACCACAUGGAACUUCAACUGUCCAUUUUUCUUGAAGAAAAUGAGUGAUUACAUGAGAUCCAAGGGAAUUCUUUUUGUUCAAAGAAAGCUAACUCACAUCUCGCAAGCAUUUUUAGAUGAAUCUACCAAGGUUGUCUUCAACUGCACAGGAAUUGGCGCCAGAGAUUUGGUCAAGGACCACAAUGUCUUCCCUGGCAGGGGCCAGGUCGUCGUCAUCAAGGCUCCUCACAUCAAGGAAAACUGUGUUCGCUGGGGAAAGAGCACAGCAACCUAUAUCAUCCCCAGGCCCUACUCCCAGGACUCGUUGGUGUUGGGUGGCUUUAUCCAGAAGGACUGCUGGUCUGGCGACACUUAUGGCGAUCAGACCGAGGACAUCCUCAGGCGAACCACUGCAUUGUUGCCCCAGAUCCUCGAGCAAAACGCCCAUGGCAGUAGAAUAGAGGACCUUGAGAUCAAGAGAGUGGCUGCUGGAUUGAGGCCUUACAGACAUGGUGGACCUAGGGUGGAAGAAGAACAGCUUCCUGAGGGCAAGAGUGUGGUGCACUGCUAUGGCCAAGCUGGCACUGGGUACCAGAGUGGGAUGGGCUGGACCAACACUGCGACAGAUCUCUGGCUCAGGCGAAGGAGUUCAAAGUUGUGA